CCCGGGCCGGGUCCGGCUCUGCGGCUGCCGUCGCGGCAGUCACCGCGGUGCCAGCGCGGAGCUCGGGGCUGCCUCGGCGAUCGCGGAGGGAGGGAGCCCCGAGGCCGUGCCGAGAUGUUUUAAGGGACGGCGGGGACGGGAAGGGCCGGCCACAUCAUCCCCGGGCAGGAGUCCUCGGGCCUGCGCCGAACCGAGCUCUCGAGGCACCGGCCGCUCUCCCGCUCGGGCUCGCUUCGCAAACCUGAAGCCGCCUUUAGCCAGCCGUGAGCCUUCGGUGUCCCCGGCGCGGGCAGCGAUGGGAAAUCCAGUGCAGUAUUAAUCCACGGAGGUGCUGUGGGGACAGUUGGCAGUACAAUGGCUUCUCAGUACCUCGUAGUGGCUCUGGCCGUUUUCUCCUCUUUUACCCAGGUUGUAAUAGAAGCCAGCUCUUGGUGGUCUUUAGGGAUGAACCCCAUGAACCCCAUGAACCCUGUUCAGAUGUCAGAGGUGUAUAUUAUAGGAGCCCAGCCACUAUGUAGCCAGCUAGCAGGGCUUUCCCAAGGACAGAAGAAACUCUGCCAGUUGUAUCAGGACCAUAUGCAGUUCAUUGGAGAGGGUGCAAAGACGGGCAUUAAGGAGUGCCAGUAUCAAUUCAGACAUAGAAGAUGGAAUUGCAGCACUGUGGACAACAACUCUGUUUUUGGCAGAGUCAUGCAGAUAGGCAGCCGGGAGACAGCGUUCACCUACGCGGUGAGUGCGGCCGGCGUGGUCAACGCCAUGAGCCGCGCCUGCCGAGAGGGCGAGCUGUCCUCCUGCGGCUGCAGCCGCGCCGCUCGCCCCAAGGACCUGCCCCGGGACUGGCUGUGGGGCGGCUGCGGGGACAACAUCGAGUACGGCUACCGCUUUGCCAAGGAGUUCGUGGACGCCCGCGAGCGCGAGCGAGUUUACCAGCGAGGCUCCUACGAGAGCGCCCGUAUCAUGAUGAACCUCCACAACAACGAGGCAGGCAGAAGAACAGUGUACAACCUGGCUGACGUGGCCUGCAAGUGCCACGGCGUCUCCGGCUCCUGCAGCCUCAAGACCUGCUGGCUGCAGCUCGCUGAUUUCCGCAAGGUGGGCGAUGCCUUGAAGGAGAAAUACGACAGCGCCGCCGCCAUGAAGCUGAACAGCCGGGGGAAGCUGGUGCAGGUGAACAGCCGCUUCAACGCCCCCACCAUCCACGACCUGGUGUACAUCGACCCCAGCCCUGACUACUGCGUGCGCAACGAGAGCACCGGCUCCCUGGGCACCCAGGGCCGCCUCUGCAAUAAGACCUCGGAGGGCAUGGACGGCUGUGAACUCAUGUGCUGCGGCCGGGGCUACGACCAGUUCAAGACGGUGCAGCGAGAGCGCUGCCACUGCAAGUUCCACUGGUGCUGCUACGUGAAAUGCAAGUUGUGCACAGAGAUCGUGGACCAGUUUGUGUGCAAAUAGGGCAUGGACGAGGUGGGAGGAACUGCAGCCGCCUGCCAGCAAGGGGUUGCAGGCCCCUCUCCCUUUCUGCAGGACUAUCUCCACUUUAUUUAUAGAGUCCAAGUUCUUGUCUUCUUUUAAGAAAAAAAAAAAAAAAGAAAAUAAAAAGGGUGGGGAAGGAAAAAAUAAGAAAGAAAAAAGAAAAAUAUAAAGGUUGCGAAGAGAAGUGCCUGGAAACCCUCUCUGCGUCCAUCCCAGAACUGUGUGAGGCUUAUAUUUUUGGCAAUAAUGGGGGAGAAUUUGAGAAUAUUUAUUUUACAAAGUUAAAAAAAAAUUUUGACUUUUCUUACAAACAAUAGAGUAGUUUGAGGGGAAAAUCCGACAUAUCCUAAUUUAGAUCCAUGGAACAUAAUACACGUGCAGUAGGCAGAGCAACCAUGUAAUGUGCUUGGGAUGUUAGAGCAAUCCUUAUGGAUGUGAGGAAGACACAGACCUGUCCAUGACUUUUAGGUUCAGACACUAGAAGUUCCUAGAAUAGGGUGUAUAAAGCUGUUCAGUGCAUGUAGGGCUCUGUUAGUAAGGGGUAUGUUCAUCACAAGGUGUGGUGUCGGGUGCCCACCACGGGUCACUGGAGGGCAAAGAGCAAAGGAUCAGAAAGGCUUCAGCUGUGCUAUCCCUGAGUCACCGGGGCUGGUUCCAGAACCAAGCAAGACAGGAAAAAAACCACAGAAAAAAAAUCUGCCUUGGUGAAUAAUAAAGAUGUUCUUCAAGGCAGAGCUUGGCCUCAUCAGCUAAUUGUGACGUUCGAGUGUCUCGUGUGCCGGAGCAGCGCUUCCCUGCUGCCGGGUGUGGAGCAGCCCGGGGCAGGCUGCCCGCAGCUCUGGAGCUGGGCAAGGCUUACAAACAGUUUUGGUUUCCCAGCCUGGAAAGCCCAUGGAAAGGAGAGUUCCCCAAAUUUGAAAAUGCCUUAAAAUUGUGUAAUAGUUGGCUGUCUUUCAAAACACAGCUUGACAAAUAACUCCUCUAAUUUUAUGUGAGAAAAUAAAUCAUUAGAUAUCCACCUUGGAAUUAUUGAUUUUUAAUUUUUUUGCAGAUUUUGGGAAUGCUUUCACUCAAGGAGACAAUAGUUUCAUAUUUUAAUAACAUUAACUGACUAUUAUAGUUCAAUGAAACGUUGCAGCAAUACCAAAUUUAUCAUCCUAUGUCUUUAAUACACAUGCUUUAGAUAAUAUACUGCAGAUAUACACUACAACUGUUCAGACUAUACGCGAGCAGUUACAUAUAUAUGGGAGAACUGUGGUCUCUGGUGUCUGAUACUUCAAAGCUUUUUGUACAUAUAUAUUUUAAUGAUUUAGAAAAUAAUAAAACAUCUAAAUUAAAGGGGCAGUUCAUCCCUUAUUUUCUUUUUCAGGUCUCUUCAGGUUUUUAGAUUGAUUCUAAGCUUUUGAUGGGUUUUUAUCUUUAAUUAUUAUUUUUUUAAGAACUCUUAACAUUCAGAAGUUUUAAGGAUAAUCAUAAAGAAGUAAGCCUCUUCCCAGUUUCAGGACUUCCUUGGGUGGUUGGUAGAGGCAGCACCCUGCACUUGAAUCGGUACCAGUCUGGAGAUCGCUUCUAUUCCACUCUCACAUUAAGGGCAUUAUUGAUUAUUGCUGAAAGGAGACACCUUCCAACUCCAAAAUGUGCUGCAUUUGGCCCUUGCUUUUCAGUUUUAGAACAGAGAAUUGUUAUUUGUCAAACAAUAUGUGUUCCCCCAUGCUGUGUACUUACACAGGAUUUCAUCUUUGGUUCAGAUGCCACUUUCCAACUCAGUCCCAUCCUACAAGUUAAAGAAAAUGGUUUUGCAGAUACCACGUGAAGAAAACCUUUCACUUUAGCCUAGUUGUACUAAAGCCUUGACUUUUCACAAGCCUUUAAAGCUGUAUCAUUAAAUUCAUCUUGAUCAUUUAUCAGCUUCUUAAUGGCGCUUUAUUGCUCUUAAUUUAUUGUACAAGGACAUAUUUACCCCUCAUCUUCAGAUGUUUGCAAAGAAUAUCUUUAAAGUAAGAGAAAUAAAUAAAGCACUAAUUCAUUGAAUAUGUCACUUUGGUUUUUAUUGUACAAAAACCAUGAUCUUUUUUUUAUUUGCUGAAUCACCUCAUGUUCCUUUUUAGUGACUUCUGUCUGAGCAGAAUUGAAUCUCAUGAUCCUAGCUAUUAAAACCCUAUUUAAUGUAAAAUAUUUUACUUGUCGUUCAGAUAUGUAAAUCUUCUAUGUCCUUUCCUCUGUUCUGUACAUUUAAUGUACAUAUUUCUGUCUUGUGUGAUUUGUAUAUUUCACUGGUUAAAAAAAGAAAGGAUUAUGCCAUAAUUGAAGAUAGACUAUAAAAAUAAAACUUUGGUUGUAUAUUGGGAAGUGGUUUUAAUUAUCUUUCAGAGGAGGGUUUGUUAAGACAAUGAGCAGAGUUGAUUUUUAAAUUUACUACAUGGUAAAACAGGGAAGUGUUUGUUGGCCAAACAUACAGAGUACAUUUUGAAGUUUUAUUUCAAUAUUAAGAAGACUUACUUAUAUAUCUACUUCUUAAGUAGAAGGGGAGAAAACCCCAAAACCAAAAAUCCACUCAGAAACCCCAGUGACUCUGAGCUGGGAAGCAUUUUAGACAUGGGUAACUACUGAAUUGCCAGUGGACAGGGUCCUGGGUUGUUACUUGUGUGCGUACAGCCUCUAGGGCUGCCUUCAGGGAUUUUGGAGCAGCUGCCUUCAGUAGUGCCAGUGAGGGCAGCAGGGUCCUGGUGUGAGCAGAGGUUUCCAGCAGGAGAAGCCCUGGGCGCUGGUUGAUGUGCUCGGGUGUGGGGGGCGGUUCCCCCACACCGCUCCGGCCGCGCUGUGUGGAGCUGCCAGGUGGAACUCACCAGAAACUGAGCACAAAUGAAGGGAAGAAUCCUUAACAAAAACCAGGAAGGCAAAGUGCGACCAGGGAUGAAUUAAGUUUUCAUAUUAAGGAGGUAAAGCAGAAAAGAAAAAUUAGUAUGAGCACCCAGCUUUCUGUUUCAAGAUUGGGUUGUCUUUGAACUGAUUUCUUAAGUUGAGAGGUUUUUUUUGCUAUAGUAAUUUGAUGAAUUAGUGGCCUUUCUUUACCUCUCUUCUUGUCUUCCUUUUUUCUUUUUUUUUUUUUUUCCUUGCUCAAGGAUAACCUCCUAACAUAUCGAAACUUCUUCUGGCUGCCAAGAAUGUAUUAUCCCACAAACCAGUAGACCAACAUCAUGUGUUUAAAAUAGCAAUUCUGAGCAAAUGCAGUGUUCUGUGGUCCUAUUACUGACAUCUGGUUCAGUUUUCCUCCACUUGUAUAUUGACCAGUAUUCUUUAUUGCAAAAACACAGCCCCUAUUUAGGAAAGUCAGCAUUUUUUUUGGACUGGAUUGUAUUCAAGCUCUUCCCAAUAACAGAAAAAUCACCAAAAAACUUCUUUAUUGCCAGCAGUAAAUAAUCUGUAUUCAAAAUAGUUAUUAUUUGGGCUCAGAUACAAGAGAGUUGUUUUUAAUUUGCACCAAAGUUUAUCUGUUUAAUUUUGUUAAAAAUGCUGUUUCAGAAUCUUGGUUUUUUAGUAAUAACUUCAAAUGUUUGUGUUUGGUUAUGUCUUUGCCAAUCCUGAGAUCUACUCUUUUUGCAAAAUACUGAAGCUUUCAGGUGUUACGAGGAGUGCACCAGAGAAAGAGGUUUGAAGAAGAGAAUGGCAGCUUCAAGUCAGGCACUGCAUGCAGGAUGCAAGCUAAAAUCCUUCCUUUCUGAAGGAUUUGUUUGAUAGAAUGAUCUUAGAAAGCUGAUACAAAACUUGUAGAAAUUGGUACUGAAAUUGACAGAAAGGCUGCUUUCCUUUGGAUAAGCGAGGAAUAAGAUCUAAACCAUUAGGAUGUUUGUUGUAAAAGCGUGGGUUUGGUGAAUCUGGAAAAAUGUCUAGUUUUUUUUCUGGACUAUAUGCUAGAGGAAACUGAGAACAACAAGGAAAAAUGAAGUUCUCUUAAAAAUAUAGGUAAGUGCAUUAAUAUAAAGCUUAUGUAUGUACUUGCUGACUGUGGUAGUCUUAAAACUGUUUAUCUGUUAUUGAAGUAGGCUUGGGAGGCAGGCCAGAUCUGCUCUUUUGCUUUUCAAAUUGUGUUUAAAAUCCUCAAUGGGGAGAAAAAUAAAAAAAAAAGAAAAAUCUUUCUUCCCUACUCCAGACUCCGGUAUGUCUGCUUAUGUUGCAGUGGGAUAAAGGAUCCACGUAGGAGUGAGUGAGAGGUUUGUACAUGAAAUGUUGUUUUCUUUAAAGGUGUGAUUAAAAAAUCCAAUCUGUCUCAUGCUCUGCUCUUA